CAAGAAAGCCAGAGACCACCUCGCCCUCUCCUCUCUUCACUUCGCUUCCUCUGCUCUUCUCGUCAGCACCCAGAACUAUAGUGCAACCGUUACCAUCACUAUUUCCCCCCGCUUCUUCCUCUAACUCUCACCGCCAGAUCUCUCGCUAUUGCGUCUCUCACCCCUUUCCUCUCCCUCCGCCACCUCCCCGGCUCAGUCCCUCACUCCUCUCUGACGCACGACAGGGAAAACGGACGCCAGGAAAGAAAGCAAGAAAAAGGUAGCAGCUGAACCUCGCGCCAAUAUGAUCCACACACUCCUGCUAUCGCUGCACCGGACAGGGACACGGUCCUGAAACCGAAAGGGGAGCACUCUCACCCGGCAGCACAGUUGUUGAUCGCUCGCCCGAGAGGGGGGGGCGGAGGCGACGGCGGCGGAGGAGAAAGAGGAGGAGGAGGAGAGGGGGAGGAAGAGGAAGCGGACUGGCACAAGUUGAGGGCUUGCAUUUUAAGCAAACUGCUUUGAAAAAAAAUAAAAAGAAGAGACAAGAAAGAAGGGAGAGAGUCAGAGUCACCGGAGAGCAAGAGUGGGGGAGAUUGCAUUCCUAUCACGUCUUCAUUCCUCCUCUCUCCUCUCUUUUGCCUCAGCCACAGAGUGAGAGAGGGAGGGAGAGAGAGAGAGAGAGAGAGAGAGAGAGAGAGAGAGAGAGAGAGAGAGAGAGAGCGACAGAAGGAGCAGGGAGAGAGAUCUAACAAGAUUCAUAGUGGUCCUUUUUCCCGAUGCUUUCCAAUCGCAGUACCAAACUAAGCCCGGCAUCGGACGGUGAGCGGGACGCACCGGGCGACAACGAAACACACCGCAGGAGGAUAUGUGAAGUUGGAAUCCCACUAAACUAAUGCUGUGAAGUGGCUCUGUCCCUGGAGCCAAAACUUCAUCCCCGUGGUGUCAGCAAGGAUGCUGUGGGUUACCUUGCUGAGCACCAUAGCCUUAGGAUGGACCACGCCGAUCCCACUACUCGAAGACUCCGAGGAGAUAGACGAGCCCUGCUUCGAGCCCUGCUACUGCGAGGUCAAAGAGGGCAUUUUUCACGUCCACUGUGACAGUAAAGGAUUUACAAACGUCAGCCAGAUCUCCCAGAUUUGGAGUCGGCCCUUCAAGCUCAACCUGCAGAGAAAUUCGAUGAGGAAGCUUUACUUUAACAGCUUCCUCCACCUAAACAACGCGAUAUCCAUUAACCUCGGUAAUAAUGCCUUACAGGAUAUCCAUGCUGGGGCAUUCAAUGGCUUAGGAAUACUCAAACGGCUCUUCCUACACGAAAACAAACUUGAAGUUUUCCGGAAUGACACUUUUCUGGGCUUGGAGAGUUUAGAAUAUCUCCAGGCAGACUACAAUGUUAUCAAACGGAUUGAAAGUGGUGCAUUCAGGCACCUCCACAAACUGAGAGUGCUCAUACUAAAUGACAAUCUCAUCCCUGUGCUCCCAAAUUAUCUUUUCCGGUCUGUGUCACUCACUCAUCUGGACCUAAGAGGAAACAGACUAAAGACAUUGCCAUAUAAAGGCACACUGGAGUAUGUUGGGAGGAGCUUAAUGGAAAUCCAGCUGGAAGAGAACCCCUGGAACUGUGUCUGUGAGAUUGUCCAGUUGAAAACAUGGCUGGAGAGGAUCCCUUAUACAGCUUUAGUUGGGGAGAUCACAUGCGAGUACCCGUUCCACUUACAUGGGAAAGACUUACGGGAAAUCAAGCGCAGCGAGCUCUGCCCGUUACUUUCUGAUGCAGAGAUUGAGGCCAAGCUGGGAAUUCCCCGGGUCCCUUUUAGCAAUGAGAACACAUGGCCUACUAAACCUUCCUCUAUGCUCUCCUCCUUUCACAACACAGCCUCUUCUGUGGAAUACAAGGAAAGAGUCGUCAAGCCUACCAAACGACCUCGGCCCACAAAGAACUCACCAACCCCUCGUAGCGUCUACCCAGGUAUCAACCAGCCUCCCAUCGCUGGCUACCAAACAAGGCCUCCAAUCCCGAUAAUUUGUCCAGCUGGUUGCACUUGCAACCUUCACAUCAAUGACCUAGGACUUACAGUUAACUGUAAAGAGAAAGGCUUUCACAACAUCUCUGAGCUCCUCCCUCGGCCUCUCAAUGCCAAGAAAUUGUAUCUCAGUGGGAACCUAAUACAGAAAAUCUACCGUUCUGAUUUCUGGAACUUCUCAAGUUUGGAUUUACUGCAUUUAGGGAAUAAUAGGAUAUCCUAUGUCCAGGAGGGCGCCUUUAUCAACCUGCCAAACUUGAAAAGUUUAUAUCUUAAUGGGAAUGACAUCGAGAGACUCACCCCUGGGAUGUUUCGAGGGCUGCAGAUGUUGAGCUAUCUUUACUUUGAGUAUAACGUCAUCCGUGAGAUACAACCCAACUCUUUUUCCCUAAUGCCAAACCUGCAGCUGGUUUUUCUCAAUGACAACCUGCUGCGCUCCCUCCCCACCGAUGCCUUUGCUGGCACCAACCUUGCACGCCUCAACCUCCGUAACAAUUACUUCCUUUCCAUGCCUGUGCAUGGUGUUCUUGAGCAUCUGUCCUCCAUUGUCCAGAUUGAUCUCCACCAGAACCCGUGGGACUGCUCCUGUGACAUCAUCCCCCUCAAACAGUGGUUAGAAAAACUCUCCUCAGUCAUCGUGGUUGGAGAUGUCUUCUGCAAGACACCUGAGUAUGCUUUUGGGAAGGACCUGCGCUUUCUGGAGGUUGAGGUCAUCUGUCCUGAGCUUAAGUAUUCUUCUGUACCCUCACCUGCUCUGCCUGGGGGGGACGACUACACCACGGGGAGCUCUAACAUGGGGGAGGCAGGCGGGAGAGGGGCUGUCCCACUGUCUGUCCUCAUCCUCAGCCUCCUCAUCCUCUUCAUUUCUGCUGUGUUUGUGGCUGCCGGGUUUUUUGCCUUUGUUCUUCGUCGCAGGAAGAAGCUACCCUACCGGAAACGUUCUGAGGUAGAUCUGACGGGUAUCCAAAUGCAAUGCAGGAUCUUUGAGGACCCACCAAGGCAGAGUUGUGCUGGCAAUGCUGGCACACCAGAGAAACCAACACCCAGUAUGCACACACACAAUCACACGAGUCACACACACGCCCACGGUCACGUUUAUGAUUACAUCCCCCACCCCGUGACUCAGAUGUGUAACAACCCCAUAUAUAAGCCUAGAGAGGGAGAAAUAGCUGAGGACGACAGAGCACAGUUUUCAGAGAAGAAAGACAAUGGCACCAGUAGCAACAGUAACUACAGAACCUUGCUAGAGAAAGAUAGAGAGUGGACCAUGGCCGUUUCCAACUCUCAACUCAACACCAUUGUCACAGUCAACCACUCAACGGCUGACAUGGCAGGAUUUCACGAGAACGGAGGGCUCUGCCCUACCGUCAUUGACAGUCAGAGGCCCACACCGACGGUGGGCUUUGUAGACUGUUUGUAUGGGACGGUACCCAAACUAAAGGACAUGCAUGUGGCGCAUGCACAUCCACCAGGCAUGCAGUACCCAGAUUUGCAGCAGGAUGCACGGCUGAAGGAGACAUUGCUUUUUACGGCGGGGAAAGGCUGUUACCCCGACCCGUCCCAAAGCGAUUACCUCGAGUUAAGGGCCAAACUUCAAACCAAGCCGGAUUACCUCGAAGUCUUGGAAAAAUCUUACCGGUUUUAACAUCUGAAAUCCAUGCGGGGGGGGGGGGAAGCAAAACACAAAAUCAACACAUUCACUUUGCCACCCUCAAAGCAAAAUCUCCCAAAAACCAAUAUCAAAAAAACAAUAACUUGAAAAAGCAGCAUGGUAAAAAAGAUAUAUUAUUAUACGGUAACAACACAGUUCCCCCCUCCCCUCCACCCCCACCCCCCCCCCAAAUCACUUUGGAGGAGAGGCCAUUCUCAGAUAUUUCAAUGAAGUGCCUUUUUUUCAGAGUAGCCAGCAAUGUCAACAGCCGUUAUUUUUAUAUUAUAUAAAUAUCUCUAUAUGCCCGAGAGAGCAAAAGAGGAAUAAGAGGGGCACCGGGGAAUAAAAACAUACAAAACAUCUUAAAGUACAUCUCUCACUAAAACCCCCUUUUAAUGGAGUUACCAUGGUGUGAAAGACACACGGGAGCUGGACGUCUCCCUGACUUGGGGGGUUUUCUUUCUGUUCCUUUUACCCCUGACUAGGAUGCACAAACACCUGGAGGCCGUGCACAUGAAGUUUGUAGGCGAUGGAGGGAAGAGAGAGAAAAAAAAACUAUAUAUUCAAAUGAACUGCAGUUUGCUGCAUGCACUCACUUCAUUGCAGGAAGUGAGGGGAUUUACUCAUACCUAUCACACUCAUUAUGAACAGAAAUACUGCAACGCAUUUACAGUUCAGUGUUCUAUUUAAUUUUUAUAUCUUAUUAAUAUGGUUAUUACUAUUAAUGAGGACUUUUCUCUAUAUCAGGGUGCUUCUGGUAAAAAGGACGCGCCGAUGUACGGAUGGUAAAACAUUUGUGAAUAUUAUUAUAAGACAACGCUCAAGGUUUUCUGGAUAUUUCCACGCACUUUGUUGACCCCCCUUCCCCUCCCCUUCCAUUGCUUCUGGAUUCCCCAUUGUCACCCACUAAUGGCUUUGUAGGAAGCACUUUUAAUGUUUUCUCUCUCACAAAGAUUUGAAGAAAAUUGUGCAUAUAUUUAUUCUGUAAUUUCAGUGAAGAAUUUACUUGUAAAGGUAAUGUUAAAUCAAUGUAUAGUGAUUAUGCGUCUGGUAUAGCCUUCUUAAUAAAAACAAACUCUUCAAUCAAAUGAUGAAAGGGUUGAUGCCACGGGAACCUGUGUCAAGCGCUAUUGACAGGCUGUGUAUUUGGUGUCUAGUUUCAACGGCAUGUUGGAGAAGUGGCCAACGAGCACGAGACAAAGCUGCUGGAAAAAGGAGGAAUAGCUACUGAACCAAUAGAGUGAGGCAGAAAUGUAGUCGAGGGCAAUAACAUUUAAUCUUAGUUCAGCUCAUUAUUUUUGGAUUAGCGCAAAAGUAAUUUAUGUUUUAGGGGAAAGGUUUAUUUUUUUCUUCUGAGAAAUAAUCUAUUUUUGUGUCUAUUUGUAGUUUGUCCUAUGAUCCUGCCCCUGCUGGAUAUCAUAGUGCACAAUCUUUAUUUGCCACUACAUCACUGGUCCUAGUUGUGUUGAGUCUAAACUCAGAGCCAGAACAAGUGAAGUAACCGCUGCUGGUUUUAAAGUGGAUUAUAUCACAGGAUAUACCAAAUCAGUGAGGCAUGCUGCAGUUUGAAUUAUAUGAAUGGGUAUUGCUGAUGCAGGCUAACUAAUGGUAAUAGGGAGGCAAUGAAAAAGAGAUACGGAGAAGCUCAUUUGCACAUCUAAUUUUUCGGACUCCCUCUGAAGUAGCAUUGUGGACUGAGUCCACUGGAGGGCGAUAUAAAGCGUUCAGGUUCUAUAGGUAUUAACUAGAUUGGAUGCAGUUACAGUAUAAAGUAAUGCACAAAAUGCUUAUCUUAAGAGGUCAUCAAGUCUUGUAUUUUAAUGAAUUGUUUUCAAAAUAUCUAUAUUACACCUUAAUGUUGCAAAAUAUAUUUUUAUUCAUUUCAGCGCAAUUUCACCUGUUUCAUGUUUUCUCCCCUAUUUCACAUGAUUGAUUUCAACCUAUUGUCUUGAACAUGGCAGAAUAAAGCAGCUCUAUAAUAAAAUAAAAACUUUAUUUUCAAAAAAGAACAUUUUGGAGGGGCUUUAUAAUGCUUUUGCGUAUUGGUAUAUUACGUUUCCGAUUGCUGAUUGUUGCACAUUGACAUGUUUGCAUUGAGUCCUUACUGUAGUAGCAUUGAUCUCGAGUAGUCCAGCAGCUCUUAACUGCUAAACUUUUUUGCUGUCACAAUUUUAGAAAUCGUAUGAUUUUUGGGACCAAA